AUGAGCAAGGAGUGUGUGGUGAACGCGUUGCUGAGCUGCUUCAUGCACGUGGGCCUGGCGCUGGUGCUCCUCGUCUACCUCCCCGUCGCCUUCGUGUGCCGCCUCCUGAAGCGCCUCUGCGUCCGCCCCUUCGCCAAGGGCGAGGACCUCCGCGGCAAGGUCGUCCUCGUCACCGGCGCCUCCUCCGGCAUCGGCGAGCACCUGGUGUACGAGUACGCGAGGCACGGCGCGUGCGUGGCGGUGGUGGCGCGCACGGAGAUCGCGCUGCGCGCCGUGGCCAAGGCGGCGCGCGACCUGGGCGCCCCCGACGUGCUCGUCGUCCCCGCCGACGUCACCAAGGUGGACGACGCCAAGCGCGCCGUCGAGGAGACCGUCGCACAUUUCGGCAAACUGAAUCACCUGGUGGCCAACGCGGGGAUCUGGUCCAGCUGCUUUUUUGAAGAGAUCACCAACAUAACCGCCUUCCAUAAUGUGAUUGACCUCAACUUCUGGGGUGCCGUCUACCCGACCUACUUCGCGUUGCCGUACCUCAAGGCCAGCCGGGGCAACAUCGUGGUCACUGCCUCCGUCGCCGGCAGGGUCCCGACAGCACGGAUGAGCUUCUACAACGCAAGCAAAGGUGCCGUGAUACGGUUCUACGAGACCCUGAGGGCUGAGCUGGGGUCCCACGUCCGCGUCACCAUCCUCAUGCCCGGCUACGUCGUCUCCAACCUCACCAAGGGCAAGGGCCUCCAGAAGGACGGCCAUGUCGGCAUCGACGAGGAGGCCCGCGACAUCAACGUGGGGCCGAUGCCGGUGGGCAAGACGGAGUCGCUGGCGGAGGUGGUGGUGGCCAGCGUGCGCCGGGGGGACUACUACGUGACGUGGCCCGGCUGGUACUGGCCCUUCCACAUGGUGAUGUGCGCGGCGCCGGAGCUGCUGGACUGGUUCUCCCGGGCCUUCUACGUCUCCAAGUCCGGCGAGCAGGACGGCGGCGCCGCGCUCAGCAAGAAGAUCCUGGAGGCCGUCGGCGGAAAGAAGUUCCUCUACCCCAGCACCAUCCGCUCCCAGGCCGCCAUGGCAGCUAACUGA